AUGCCAACGCGGCGCGUAGAUAUGGAACCAUUACCCCCUCGUCGCACACGUAGUGCGGCGCGUCUUCAAGCUGCGAUUGAAGCCCUUGAUACCCCGGUCGAUGACGAAGACGAAAGUGAAGGGGAGGAAGACGAUGGCGAGGAGGACGACAGCCUCGUAGGGAGACGACGGCGACGACGAUCCAAGCGUGCAGAAGCAAUGGCAGCCAAGAAGCAGCGCACAGCUGUCGUUGAGCGUGCCCAGCGAAUCCUCGGUCCUCCUUCGCCUGUCAAGCCAUUGGUGGAUGAUGCGCCGCGAAUGUCGCUCGAAGCCAAAGUCGCAUGUCUUGUGGAGCUGUGUGAUGCAUUGAGCAUGUCGCGAGCACCUCAUGAGAGCCCUCUGCAUCGUCUGGUCCAGCCUGUCGUAGAACAAGCAUCGGAGGAUGAGCGUGCGGCGAAACAGCACGUACAGGACAUCAAUGACCAAUGCGAUGCAGAAAUGCGUGCGCACAAGAAACAGGCUCCUUCGAUGGCAUCGACACAGUAUGGUGUGUGGAAAGCGCGCAUGCAUCAAUUGACGCACACGCACGACUGUGCGAGGUUCGAGGCACGCACACGACACUACUUCGCUCAGAGGCGUGCAUGUGGGCGGUCGGGGCCGCUAGGACGCGAUGACGAGGGCCGCGAAUAUUGGCACGUAUUGCCUGCAUGUGAUCCAAGCGACAUGGAAGCACCAGGUGCUGAGCGAGGAGUUCAUGCGCCAUUUUCGGGUCACUGGUCGCAUGUGCUUCUUGUGCGUGAAGCAGCCAACAGCGACAGAUGGUAUGCGACGACGUCCGCAGACCAAGUGGCCGCGAUACUUGCGUAUUUGGGGCGGCGGCGGCGCACCGAUGAAACAUUGCACAUGCAUCUGGCCGGCGUGCAAGACUAUCUUGCGUGGCUCGAUUUGUGCCAAGCAGGUGCAUCCAGACACCAGGAGUAG